CUAUGAAUUUGGAACUUUUCUUAUGACAUUGAAAAGGGAAUCAAAAUUGUGUCUGUGUGCAGCAAAAUUGUUUAACAGUGAAUUUAAUAUAAAAUCUAAAAAAAAACGUAAAACUUUUCCGAAAAUGCGAGAAAUAGUUGUGUUUCACCUCGGUCAGUGCGGCAACCGAGUGGCGGAAAACUUUUGGGAGUACAUUUGCGACGAACACUGCCUAAACACACAGGGUCAGUUCGUGGGACAGCACUACCUGCCACUGCAGCGCAUCAACGUGUACUUUGACGAGUCACCGUGCUGCAACUUCGUGCCUCGAGCAAUCUUUGCCGACCUGGAGCCGAGCACGCUCAACUACCUUCGCUGCAGCAAGUACGGAUGUCUGUUCUCGCCGGAAAGUUUCAUCACCGGUAAAACGAGUGCGGGCAACAACUGGGCCCGCGGUUACCAUACGGAAGGUGCCGAACUGCUGGACCAGAUCGAGGACUGCACGCGCCGAAUGGUCGAAGGGUGUGAUUGUCUGCAGGGUUUCCAGCUGGUACACUCGAUCGGUGGUGGUACCGGGUCGGGGCUGGGGACGCUGCUGCUGGAAACGCUGAAGGACCGCUUCCCGGGGAAGAUCACCAACACGUUCAGUGUGAUACCGUCGCCCAAGGUAUCGGAGGUCGUGGUAGAACCGUACAAUUCCGUGUUCGCCCUUAGCUCGAUGAUUCGUUCGAGCGACGAGACGUUCUGUCUGGACAAUGAAGCGUUGUACGAUAUUUGCGUGAAAACGCUUCGACUGCCGGUGCCGGAUCUGGAUGAUUUGAAUCAUCUGAUUGCUUCGGCAAUGGCCGGCAUUACGUGCAGCUUUCGGUACCCCGGUCAACUGAACUCGGACCUCAGGAAGCUGCUCACCAACAUGGUACCGUACCGGCGGUUGCACUUUUUCGUGCCCGGCAUUGCGCCGCUGUGUGCCCGGGAUUCCGAAUGCUACCGGCAAACGACGGUACCGGAGCUGGUGUAUCAGCUGUUUAGCAAUAGCAAUCUGAUGGCGGCGUGUGACCCACAGCUCGGCACGUUCCUAACGGCGGCGGCCAUCUUUCGGGGUCGGCUGUCAACACGCACGGUCGAGGAGCAUAUGAGCGGCGCGCGGUUGAAGAAUCAGCUGUCGUUCAGUAACUUCAUCCCGAACAACGUCAAAUCGGCCAUUUGUGAUGUGCCACCGCGCGGUAUGAAAAUGGCGGCCACGUUCAUUGCCAACACGACGGCCAUCACGCAGCUGUUUCGGCGCAUCACCGGUCAGUUCGGGACCAUGCUUCGGCAGCGUGCCUUCCUGCAUUGGUACACCGGCGAAGGCAUGGACGAGGGUGAGUUUGCGGAGAUGGAAAGUAAACUGGCGGAACUGUUGGAAGAAUAUGACAGCUACAAGGAGGAAGGUCAAGCGAAGGAGGAAGACGAAGGUGAAGACGUGGAAGAAUAACACGGAACUAAUGUUUUGGAAAUAAAUUGCUGAAGAUAUUAAAUU